GCGUUGUAAUUCCAUUCUCUCAAAUUUCCGCCUGGAUUCUUUGGAGCUCUCGAACUAAAACUAAAACCUUGAUAUUGACAAUAAUCGUUCCAAGAAUCCUGAGAUAGCAUACUAGAAUGGCAAGCCACUCUAAAUACGAGAAGCUCCAAGGUUCCGAUAUCGAUUCGGAACCGGAAAAGCGUGGAUUAGCAUCCGAGUCGACACAUUGCAGCCAUAAAAGAUAUUUCAUGUAUCCAUUCGUUUUCUUUUUCAUCGCCUCGAAUAUAUUUACUUGGUUUCUCUCCUCAUGGCAUUCUAGUGGAAAUCAGAUCGUAGUCAAUGAUGGCUUGAGUCAGUAUGGUAAGAUUCUACGAUAGCCCUAAUAAGUUUGUACUCUUCUCUGAUGAUUACUAGCGGGACUUGCUCGGGAUUAUCCAAUUGCAUUGGGAAAGGACAGUCCAUACACCGACUCAAAUGAGACUCUUCGGAAUGAAGUAUGGGAAGCUAUCAACAUUGAUGCAGGAAUGAUAGCUGUUCCAGACGACUUUGUUUCAGACAAAAAUCUUCAUCCGUCUCAAAGAUUCGUUUGGGAUAAGAGUAAGAGCGUUUACUUACUCAAUGGACAUCAUACAUUGCAUUGCGUGGUAAGUUUUCAAUUCUGGCCCACGUCUUCGCUGCAUUACUAAUAAUUUCGUUUAGCGCGCAGUAUACAUCUCCCUCAUGGAGUUCUGGCAAGAAAGACCACAAUCACGACGAUGGGAGCACGUAAUUCACUGUGUGGAUCAAUUACGACAAGAAGCUCUCUGUAACGCUGAUGACACACCGCGUUAUUCAACAUCAGAUAAUAUUCCAGUUUCAGGUAUGGGCCAAGUGAGAAUGUGCCGCAGCUGGGAAAAGCUGGAGCAAUGGGCCAAAAAGUACAAUUCUUGCUAUCGCUAUGUCAACCAAACUGCUUCCUACAAGGAAUUUCCACAAAUCGAGCGUUUUAUCUGGUGUCCUGAGGGUUCACCUUAUGCUACAGCAGUUGAGGAGGUUUUUGGGAAGAUUGAUUCGUCGGACUGGGAAUCGUAUCACUAGCUAUAGCGUCUAUAUCAGGCUUGGUUUCUUGAGUGAGCCGGUACAACGAUGUCUAUUGAUUGCUGCAUGCUAGGAUACAGGAAGAGCGACAACUUUCUAUAAAUUUUCGUCGCCAUAUCAGAGUGGCAAUUGCGUUAUCAAAGUAUAGUAGAUCGAAGCCAACGUGUUGCUAUCGUUGACAAGUAAUCAAAUAAUACGCCUCCAAACUUUUGGAAGAGCGGAAGCUCA